CUUGAGGUGGCAGGAUCGCUGGAGCUCGGCACAUUGACAUCCCGCUCAAGCUCAGGGCCUCAGGUUCGUCUCCUCCCUCUGUUUCUUCUGAACCUUUCCCUUCUCUCUGACUCUUUCCUCCCUUUCUCUUCCUUCCCUGGCGGCGACGACUGGGCGAGCGGCGGCGCCAUUUGUCACGUCUUCGCUCAGCCCUUUGCCGGCGACGAGCAUCCUCCAGAAGAGGAGCGUUGCUCCCCAGCUUAGGCGUGGUACCUUUAUAAAUCGCAAUGAGGGAGGGUUCCCAGGAUAUUGAGUGCAAGGAAAAGGUGCAGUCAUUGGUACAAGGUGGUAAUGAAGAGCAAGCUGAACAGCUAAAUACAAGAGUCACUGAUGCACAUGGAGGAGAUUCUGGUUCGUUAUCAGCUUCUAGUAAUGAUAAUAAGAAGGUUUCUCGCGAAGACAUUGAACUUGUUCAGAAUCUUAUCGAGCGCUGUUUACAGCUAUAUAUGAAUAAAGGAGAAGUUGUUAGAACUCUUUCUAAUCGUGCACGAAUAGAACCUGGUUUCACAACGUUAGUGUGGCAAAAGCUUGAAGAAGAGAAUUCUGAGUUCUUUCGGGCUUACUACAUAAGGCUGAAAUUGAAAAAACAGAUUAACAUGUUUAACCAUUUAUUGGAGCAUCAAUACAAUCUAAUGAAGUACCCAGUACCCCAGCAGGUUCCAUUUGCUCCCAAUGGAAUUCAUCCUAUGCCCGUUAACAAUAUGCCAAUGGGAUACCCUGUACUUCAACAACCUGGAAUGGCUGCUCCAGGUCAGCCUCAUGUUAGUCCAAUGGCAUGUGGUCCACCAAGCAGUCAUGUAGUAAAUGGAAUUCCUGCACCAGGAGGUUAUCAUCCGAUUGGCAUGAAUUCAGGAAAUGGCAUAAUGGAGAACAAAACACAUGAAACUGCACAUGCUGCCACAGCGGGCAGCGCUAUGUCCUGUGAGAUGGCUGUGAGUCCAUCAUCUGCAAUGUCAAGCAACAACCAUGCAUCUUUCACUCCAUCUGAGAUAUCAGGGAUGUGUGUGGAUGAGACAGCAGCCAAUGCCACAUUUGGAGCUCAUGUCGGUAAUGGAGGGCCUCUGCAAAUAGGACCCGAUGCUGCCGAUGGCUCUUCUUUAGGCCAGCAGAUCUGGGAUUUCAGUCUUUCUGAUCUAUCAGCAGAUUUGACAAAUUUGGGAGACCUGUCAGCUCUUGAGAACUACUCAGGCAACCCUUUCCUGCCUUCAGACUCAGAUCUCCUGCUUGAGUCCCCGGACCAUGAUGACAUUGUUGAGUAUUUCGCUGAUGCCAUCAACGGGCCAUCUCAAUCAGACGAGGAGAAACCAUAGACAGAGAUACUCAAAUUGCUACUCGGACCAGGCGGCCACUUUCUCUUAGUUUCUUGGCAAGCUGCGGUUCUGUACCACAUGGAAUAGUUUGUGUACCUUAGACAUACUCUGUCUGUUAGCGUCAACGCCUCAAGCCCUCAACCAUAUCACUGAAGAAUUUUGUAGAGAAAGAAUAUCCUAAUUAUAUUUUAAUAAAUGGCGGUGUAGCCUUGUUCGUUAUCUGGGAAA